UUGGUGUUUUGAUUUGUCGGUGUGCGCAACUUAUAGAUCUUUUUCAUCGAAUUUAGAAGAAAAUGAGUACUUCAGAAACAAAACCGGUGUUCCGUGAUCUCGCUGGAGAUGAUCCGGAGCCAGAAGUCACUGAAAUCGAGUCGUUUUGUAUGAAUUGCCAUGCAAAUGGCAUGACUCGACUUCUUCUGACUCGUAUCCCCUACUAUAAGAAUGUGGUGAUCAUGUCGUUCAGUUGUGAGGCUUGCGGGUACGAGAACAAUGAGAUCCAGCCUGGUGGGGCCUUCGCAGAGCUUGGGGUAAGAUGGAAGCUGAGGGUCGAAUGUCUGAUGGAUUUGAACAGACAAGUGGUGAAGAGUGACUACACAGGAGUGAGGAUACCAGAGCUGGACUUUGAGAUACCUGCACAGAGUCAAAAAGGAGAGGUUACCACAGUGGAGGGUAUAAUAGCUCGGGCGAUAUCCGGUCUACAACAAGACCAGGUGGCACGGAGACAGGAGCAUCCGGAUGAUGCGGCCACAAUUGAUGCAUUUAUUACUCGGCUACAGGAUCUCAAGACUGUGACUACACCGUGGACUUUGGAGCUUGAAGAUAUCAGUGGUAACUGUUUUGUAGAGAAUCCGGAAGCGCCAGCAAAAGAUCCUCGAUGUGAGAGAACUGACUUUACUCGGAGCAAAGAACAAAAUCAUACACUGGGCAUAUUCCAACAGGAAGAGAUACAUGGAAUAACAAAUGGCCUAGCACAGAGUAAGAUUGAAGCGGAGGCAGAUUUCUAUGAAAAGAUGGCCUCGGAGGAAGUAAUGCAGUUUAAGACAAACUGUCCGGACUGCAAUGCACCAGCUGAGACUAAUAUGAAGUUAACAAGCAUUCCACACUUCAAACAGGUUGUGAUAAUGGCGACUGUAUGUGAUGCUUGUGGUCACAGAACUAAUGAGGUAAAAUCAGGCGGUGGUAUAGAAGAGAAGGGAGUGAAGUUUGAAGUGCGUGUAGCCAGCAGGGAUGAUUUCUCCAGAGAUAUAUUGAAGUCAGAGACAUGCAGCAUGAGUAUCCCGGAGCUGGACUUCGAGGUGGGAGGUCGUGCUCUGGGAGGCAGGUUCAGUACUCCGGAGGGUCUGCUGCAGGCGGCCGCGCAGCAGCUGCGGGAGGCGCCAGGUCUCAUGGGUGACGCGCCGGGACUCGCACAAGACAAACUCUCCGGUUUCUUAGACAAAUUAGAAGAAGUAUUGGAAGGCAAGCGCGCUAUAACACUGGUGUUGGACGAUCCAGCUGGUAACUCUUACGUGCAGUGUCUCUCUGAUGACCCUCAACUACCUGAUGAUGGUCUAAAGGUGACUCAUUACGAGAGAUCUUAUGAACAAAAUGAUGAACUGGGUCUCAAUGACAUGAAGACUGAAGGAUACGACGAGGAAACAUAACCGCCUGUGCGUUUAUAUUGUACAAAUACUUGUAUAAUGAAUAACAUGUUAUAUGUAUAUUCUUUGAUAAACGAGAAAAGUUGUAUAUUUGGAUUAUUUUACGACAAUUUCUUUUCUUGUACUUAUGCUUUAAGUAAAAAGUAAAUAUAUGUUCUAUUUUGUUUAUUUCUUUUAUAUUUUCUUAAAUAAACAAAUGUGCUG